AUGCUCAACGAAUUAAACGAAACAGGGAAGAGAAUAGGACUGCGAAUAAACAGAAAGAAAACACAGUUCAUGAAGAACACCUACUGCGAGGACGGAGGAGUACAACUUGAAGGCUCCCAAAUCGUAGAAACUUCGUCAUACGAAUACCUCGGACGUUCUAUGAAUAUGGAAAACGACUUGAGCGAAGAUCUGAAUAGAAGAAUGAGAGCAGCAUGGGCAGCAUUCGCAGCCGUCAGGGUAGCUAUGGACCGACUGACGGACCAAGACCUUCGCGCCCAUCUUUUCGAUUGGACAGUUCUUCCAACGCUUUGUUACGCAGCGGAAACAGCCCUUGAGAGAUGCCUUCUGAAGUUUAACCGGCGCACACAACACCUAGCCGGUCUUCGCAGAUCCGAAUUAAUAGGAAUGUCCCGUCUUCGCGACCCAGCAGAAUAUGUAUCGAAAGCAAAACAUAGAUGGGCCGGUCACAUCAUGAGAAGAAUCGACGAUAGAUGGACUAAAACAACGCUAGAGUGGAUCCCAAGAGAUGCUAAACACCCUCGAGAGAGACCGCCAACGAGACGUGUUCGCUACACGGAUGGGUCAGCUGAGAGUUUAGCUGGAUACGGCUCAAGGACCUCGUCAACGUCACUCACGAAACUUGAGGACAUCUUGGAUGACAAUGACGAGUAA